AUGAUCCGCUCGACGCAAAUAUCACGGCUGGACGGCCUCAUGCUCUGCGCCUCCGUGGACGAUGACCAGUCCGCGCCCCAACUCGCCGAGGUCAAGCAACAGACCCGUCAGGUCCUGCGCAAACUCACAUCCCAGUCCGAACCCCAGGCCUCCAUCGACUGUGGCGCCUCCUACACCCUCCACUACCUCAUCGACAACGCCAUCAUCUUCCUCACCAUCUGCGACCGCUCGUACCCGCGCAAGCUGGCCUUCACCUACCUCUCCGACCUGGCGCGCGAGUUCACCACAUCCCACUCGCUCCAGCAGAUCCACUCGCCCACGCUGCGGCCGUACGCGUUUAUGGAAUUUGACGGAUUCAUCACAAAGACAAAGGCCGUCUAUGCGGACUCGCGGGCGAGCGCCAACCUCGACCAGCUCAACGACGAGCUCAAGGACGUCACCAAGAUCAUGACCAAGAACAUUGAGGAUCUUCUGUACCGCGGCGACAGCUUGGAGCGGAUGGGCGAGAUCAGCAGUCGCCUGCGGGACGACAGCAAAAAGUACAGGAGAGCGGCGGUGCGGAUCAACUGGGAACUACUGCUUAAGCAGUACGGUCCCUUUGCGGGUCUGGGCUUCAUCAUCCUGGUGUUCAUAUGGCUGCGAUUCUUCUGA